AUGACGACGGUGGCGACGGCCAAGGACCCGGCCUCAGGCAAAGCCAGCCAUCUUCCACCGGCACCAUCCACGUCUCUCGAGGUCGAAUGCCAUCAGCAUCAACACGAGAUCACCGCCUCAUCUCCCGACGGCACGGCGCCUGCCGACCUGGACCUCAGUGUGGUCCAGGACCCCAUCCUGGACCUUUGCCCAUCGCUCGACAUCCUUCAGCAGAUCGCACGAUCCCCAUCCCUCGAUGUCAACGUCAAAAAGACAAAGCUAAGCAAGGCUCUUCUGCGUGCUGCCAGCAAUGGAGAUACCGACAUGCUUUCCUGGUUGCUCGACUCCAGAGCACCGGCGCGGCACCUCAUCUCUCAAGACCCCACACGCACAGACUCGCAAGGCAGACCUAAAAUCGCUUUUGACCAGAUGCGCGACGAAGAAGGUUCCGGCCCCGUCGUCCUUGCCACCUGUGCCGGACACAUCGAUGCAGUCACCAUGCUCGUCUUCAACGGCGCAGACGUCGACGAAAGGGACUCUUGCGGCUGGACCCCGCUCAUGUGGGCCAUCAACAGUUCCAAUUUGCCCCUCGCCAGCUUCUUGCUCAGUCGUGGAGCUGACAUCGAUGCAAAGAGCGUCAAGGGUACCACUUGCGAAGACUUUGUCCUAUCAGCAGCCCCCGAAGCCGGCACCUCUGUCCCUAUGACCUCAAGUGCCCUCGCCUCCUCCGCCUCUACCGAACAUGAAGCCAUCGCUGACCUCAUCUACGAGCAUCAGCGAUACAUUUCUGUCCAGCAAUCAGCCACGCAGCGCCUCAACAGCCUCUUCCUUGACAAAUCGCCAGACCUGCACAAGUCCGCUUCUCCACAUUCCAGCCCAACACCCACACUCUCCGCUGCCCUACCAACUUCCACCAGCCCUUUCAAGCCUGGUCACUCGAGAUCCAGCUCGCAGCUCACCCAACGAAGACUUGUUGGCCGCUAUGAACGAGCCCAUCUAGCAGAGCAAAAGAACAGGCAAAAGGAGCUCAGCGACACCCGCAAAAAUGCGCUUGCCGACAUCGCUACUCUUCUCGAACUCGAUCUCGAAACGCUGAUGGGCGACCCGAGCGCGACUGAUGCAACAUCUGGCGCGGCAGCCGAUAACCAUUUAGGACCUUCGACCACAUUCGCACGUCGUAGGAGGAGAGGGGGAGCGAGCAAGCUUAUACACUCGGAUUUGGCUUCGGGUUCCGGCGCAGCUGAAGUUGGAGCGGAUCCGCUCUCGGUCGAAUUCGACUGGAAGAAAGUACGCAACGAUCAGAUGCUCGUCUUUGGCACUGCCGAUCUUGAACCAUUACUAAGCAUGCUGAUCACCAACUUCAAGCCAAUUCGAGCACCCUGGACAUCGCGUGCUGCUCCUGCCAAUGUUCUUUUCCUCUGCGCCCGUUACGCGUGCUUCCUGCGAGACGAAGAUUUGCUGGAGGAACUCUUUCUUGGCGCCAUCGACCGCAUCGAAGGCGUCAUCUACUCGCAUCCGACCGACAUGACCUACCUGGCUUUCUGGCUUUCCAACUGCUGUCUCCUGUAUUACUACAUGGACAGGGAUCGCACGCUUCGCAAAUCGAGCUCCGUGACAGAAUAUCGCGGUCUUUUGGCGGAUCUUCUCAACGAAAUCUUUGUCUUUAUCAUCCGUGAUGCUGAGCGCCGCAUCGACAAGGUGCUGGAUGCGGCCAUCUUGGACCAUGAAGCAAUCCCAGGCUUCGAAGAGGUCCGCUUCGAAGGCGAGUGGAAGUUCAUGAAGACGCUGGCAGGCAGUGUCAAAGGAAUCGGCCAGAACGGAUCAAUCUCACAGGGCAUGACGUCCAGCCCUAGCUCGCGUCGACCCAUCAGUCAGAUUUUUGGCACCGGUCGCAAAGAUGACAACCCAGAACCGAAUCAAAAUCAAACCAGCGGCAAUACUGCCGAAGGAUCGUCACUGUCGUCUUCUCCCUCCAUUGGCUACGGUCGUCCAUCCAACCCCUUCGGCUCGGCGACGAUAGGCCAAUCCCCCUUCCGCAACGCUGGCGGCGGAGACAGUUCUCCACGCAAGGGCCUCGGCGACUCGUUUCGCACCAUCCGCGAAGUCUCGUACAACGCCUCGGCUACUGACCUGCUAACCGCGCCUACUCCACGCACCAUCAGCUCACUGCUCACCUCAACAUUGCAAGUGCUCCAGUUCUACGAGAUCAACCCGGCCAUCAUCAUCCAGGCACUCUCGCAGAUCUUCUUCUGGGUCGGCUGCGAGCUAUUCAACCGCGUCCUGACACGCAAGCGGUAUCUCUGCCGCUCUCGCGCCAUUCAGAUUCGAAUGAAUGUCAGCGCGCUCGAAGACUGGGCGCGCUCCAAUGCAUUGCCGCUCAGCAUCGUACAUGCACACUUGUCGCCUCUAUCCCAGCUCAUCUCGUGGCUGCAGUGUCAGAGUUCGCUGCAGGAGUUUGACGGGCUGAUCGCCACCAUGCAAGGACUCAAAGCGUUGACCCCCGUGCAGAUGCGAAGGGUGGUCAAGGAUUAUAGGUAUGAAGUGGGCGAGACGCGGAUGAGCGAAGAAUGUCUGCAGUAUCUGGAUCAGCUGAUCAUUGAUUGGAAGCGCAGGCAGGAUGAUCAGCUGCGACAGGCUAGGGAGGAGGCGAGGCUGGUGCAGCAGAAGAAGAAGAAGUAUAAAAAGCAGUCUUCGCACCAUCGAAAGUCAGGCACGGCUAGGCAGGAAGACUAUUCGUCAGGGUCCAACAGCUCGCCUCAUCCGCAAUCUCUGGACCAGGAAAAUGAUACAGGUGACGAUGAUCAGGAGGAGGACGAAGACAUGGACCCGGCAGAUGGAAUCGACGGUCAAGCUGCAGAUGCCAGCAUCAACAGCAGCGGCACCGCCAAGCUGUCACGAGGAGAAGACGCCGAGCCAUUGACGGUGGCAGAAGCCACCGCUCGUUCUGCCCAAACCAUGAUCGACGGCCUCUUUGCACCGGGCAAGGGCAUGUCCGACUACGUUCCGCCCUGGUCUGCUGCUGGUCCGCCGCUUGGGCUGCACGAAGAUGGCAGUGCAGGCGGAAGUGGAAGUGCUCCUCCGUCACCAGCCAAAGGCGACGGCUUGCUCAACAGCCGAGAGAUGCUGCCCUUUUCGCUGCCUUCUCGGCGCAACGCCUUAAUCGUAACACCCGGAGAUGCAUUCGGCUUCGGAAGGGGUCAUUUCACGGGCACAGGUACGCCCUCGGUUCGUAGUGUCAAUGGGGACUCUGCCUCGAGCAACGUCGGCUCUGGCGCUAGCUCACGUCGCUCUUCGAACGCGUCCAGCUCCUCUCUGUCGCCGCGAUUUUCGCAGUCGAAUGCUGAGGAUGGAGAUUUGACGCUGGAGAGAGGCGAAGACGCAGAGAUGGCAAGCGAGACCUCUUCUCACACAGACGCAAGUGGUGUCAGUCGCGCAAGCAGCCUAUUUCCGCAAGGCAAGGGUUUUGCGGCCGGUGGAUAUUGGUCGCCUGUACCGCUGUUACCGGAUGGGAUGCUGGACAAGAUCGACGCAAUGCUCAAAGCAGCCGCAGCGCUCGUACCCGCCACUGGCGAUCGAUCGCGAAAUAUCCUCCUCGCAGAUCAUACGUCAGACGAGCAUCUCCUUCUGCCCGCUUCAAGUCAAGACACGUUCGGUGGAGGGUUACCGAGAUCUAGCAGGAUCGUCAUCCCGCCAAGGGAGAACUCUAUCCUCCACUCGCCGAAGAAGGAGUCAAUCGCGCCGCUGAGCAGGGUGCCAGAUGUUGAUGAAUUUGGACGAAUGCGGCUAGACUUUUCCAAGGGGUUUCCCGAGGAGGACGGUGACGAGGAUGUCAAGACGCCAGGUCCGUAUAGAAAGGACACGCUCAAGGCUUCUUUAUUUCCCUAA